ACAAACGAUCAUGUCUGGAAUCGUGCUAUUGUGAUUAGAGUUAACCUUGUGACAAUUGUGAUCCUGUCUCGAGGAAAUUGUGGUCUCUCCAAGUGUGUAACAUGCUACCUGGUGGCCAUGGCAACUGCAGAUUUACUCGUUGUGAUUCUGGAUUUGAUAUUGCGACACAUUCCAAUUGUUUAUUGGGAACAGUUUCAUUUUGUGUGGUACAUCCGUCUGUGUAAUAUUCACGCUGUCCUGCUUUAUGCAGCUACAGACUGUUCUGUCUGGUUCACAGUCACUUUCACCUUUGAUCGCUUUGUGGCCAUUUGUUGCCAGAAGCUGAAAACUAAAUAUUGUAGUGAGAAAACUGCCACUGUGAUUUUAGGAGUAGUGAGUGCACUGAGCUGUUUAAAGAACCUUUUUUGGUAUUUUAUGUAUACAAGUAAGUAUGAACUUGAUAACAGUCCAUGGUUUUGCAAUGUAACUGAUGAAAACACAGAUUCACAACUGUGGGCAGUAUUUGAACUGCUUCAUUACACCUUAACCCCAUGUAUUCCAUUUGUUCUGAUUUUGUUGCUCAAUGCAUUAACUGUUAGACACAUUGUCGUGACCAGCAGAGCCCGCAGUAGACUCCGGGCUUUUAGCAGUGGGGAGAGCCCCAAAGAUGCAGAAAUGGUGAAUCGAAGGAAAUCCAUCAUUUUACUGUUUGUUAUCUCAGGGAAUUUCAUAUUGUUAUGGUCAAUGUUUAUGGUAUAUUCCAUCUGGAACCGGCUGUGGUAUUUUCUUGGUAAUGUUGGAUCUAUUAAUGCAAUUGUACAAGAAACUGGUUACAUACUUCAGCUGCUGAGCUGUUGCACAAACACUUGUAUUUAUGCUGUGACCCAGACUAUGUUUAGGGAGCAGUUAAAGAAUGUGGUGAACUACCCAUUUAUGCUAAUGUGCAAAAUCAUUAAAUAAUGAA